GGGAGAGCAUUAUGACACUGUUGUUCUCCAACAACAAUAGUUAGCCUUAUUCACAACGCUGUGUUCGAGGCCUCCCAGCACUAUUUGACCCUCAGAUGCUCUCUGAUCAGGCUCACAGUGGUUUGGAAGCAAUCUGGAUUUUCUCUGAAAUUUCAACAUUUUGGACAUUUAAGCUAAGGCUUGAUCUCAUAUUUAAGUGAGGACAAUGAACAGUUUGGAGGGACUGAGGGCCGACUCCUCUCAGUUCACUCUGAGAGGGGAGCCCUUCCGCAUCCUGGGAGGCUCCAUCCAUUACUUCCGCGUGCCCAGACCAUACUGGAAGGACCGACUACUGAAGAUGAAGGCGUGUGGUCUCAAUACUCUUACAACGUGUGUAUAUCUGUAAACAUAGAUGCAAAUGGAUGAAAUGUCUGAAUGAUAUGUGCCAUGGAACCUGCAUGAGCCUGAAAGAGGGACAUUUAACUUUCAAGAUCAGCUAGAUCUCAGGAAAGGCUCUGCAUAAUCAUGUUUAUUUUUAUUUUAUUUUUUCUGGAAUACAGCAAAAGGUUUUAUGAGUUAUUAGUUUUGAACAGAACAGAACAUUUGUGUGUCUCUUUCAGGGCCUAUAUCAGCUUAGCAGCAGAGACAGGUUUCUGGGUGAUUCUACGGCCAGGACCUUACAUCUGUGCUGAAUGGGACUUGGGUGGCUUGCCAAGCUGGUUGCUACAAGAUAAAGACAUUCAGUUGAGAACAACUUACCCCGGAUUUGUAAAUGCUGUCAACUUGUACUUUGACAAACUUGUUUCAGUUGUCCAACCUCUGAUGUUUGAGAAUGGAGGACCAAUCAUUGCUCUCCAAUUAGAGAAUGAGUAUGGAUCAUUUGCAAAGGACGAUGAGUAUAUGCCUUUUUUAAAGAAUUGUCUCCAGUCCAAAGGGGUCAAUGAGCUCCUUCUAACAUCUGACAACUGGGAAGGUUUGAGAUACAGAAGGAUGGAGGGAGUUCUAAAAACAAUAAACCUUCAGAGGUUGUCAUUUGGAGCCAUUCAGCACUUAGCAUGCAUGCAGCCCCAGAAACCUUUAAUGGUGAUGGAAUAUUGGUCUGGGUGGUUUGAUGUCUGGGGAGAGCAUCAUCAUGUGUUCCAUGCAGAAGACAUGCUUGGCGUGGUGUCAGAAAUCCUGGAGAGAGGUGUUUCCAUUAACCUGUACAUGUUUCAUGGUGGGACCAGCUUUGGCUUCAUGAAUGGAGCAAUGGACUUUGGCACCUACAAACCCCAGGUCACAAGUUAUGAUUAUGAUGCUCCGCUAUCUGAAGCUGGAGAUUGCACUAUCAAAUAUGAAAUUUUGAGGGAUUUAUUCAGCCAGUAUAACUCGGAGCCUCUUCCUGAAGUGCCUUCUCCUCAGGAGAGGAAAGCUUAUGAGCCAGUGUACACACAGCUGUACCUUUCUCUGUGGGAUGCUGUACAGUUCAUAGAUAAGCCAUGCAGGUCAGAGAAGCCAAUAAACAUGGAGAAUCUCCCAGUCAACAACAACAAUGGUCAGUCAUAUGGUUAUACACUGUAUGAAACCACCAUCAGCAAUGGAGGAGUAUUAAACUCUGGGAACAACAUCAGAGACAGAGCACUGGUGUUCUUGGAUCGAGAAUAUGUAGGAUGUUUGGACUACAAGACUCAUGAAGUCAUCUUGCCUGAUGCCAAGAGAGAGAGGACCUUGGCUGUACUUGUUGAAAACUGUGGAAGAGUGAAUUAUGGUAAAGCACUUGAUAACCAGCGCAAAGGUAUUGUGGGAGACAUUGUACUUAAUCAUACACCACUGAGAGGAUUCACCACCUUCUGUUUUGAUCUAAAGCCAGCCUUUAUAAAAAGGUUGUCAAGUUCAGGUCAGUGGAAAACCGACUUCAAGUCAGUGCCAGUUCCAGGAUUUUUCCAGGCCAAGCUCAUUUUGGACGGUCCUCCAAAAGACACCUUCAUCAAGCUUCCUAACUGGGGUAAAGGAGUGGUGUUUGUCAAUGGCCAGAACCUUGGUCGUUACUGGUUCAUUGGUCCCCAGCAUUUCCUCUAUCUCCCAGGACCUUGGCUAAGAAGCGGAGACAACCAGAUCAUUAUUUUUGAAGAAGAAAAAGUUGAUGGAAAAAUUAUGUUUUCUGAAAAUCCUGAAUAUGGAAAAACUAUUGAUGUUUACAAACUUCCCUUUUGCAGUUUGCUGUAAACAUUGUACACACACACUAAGAAAUUAUUAUUUAUUGUUACUGAAAUUUAAGAUGAAUUAUAUAAACCAGUUAACAAAGUAGGGUUGUUUGUAAUUGCCCAUUGUAGCAGUUUAACAUAAUUUAUUCAGAAGUUAAUGUUUUUGCUAUUGAUUAAUUUAGUUUCAUAACUUGUAAUGCUUUGCAUUAUUAUAAGGCCUGUUGGGUGGAGUACUCUUUUAAACAAAUGUACACUAACAAUUCAACACAACUUAAUAAU